AUGAGUUCUGCACCGAAUGGGCGCAAAAAGCGCCCCAGCCGGUCCACCCGCUCCUCGAUCUUCCAGAUCAGCAAGCCUCCGCUGCAGAGCGGGGAUUGGGAGCGCAGGGGCAGCGGCUCCGAAAGCGCCCACAAAACCCAACGAGCCCUGGACGACUGCAAGAUGCUUGUCCAAGAGUUCAACACUCAAGUGGCCCUGUACCGAGAGUUGGUCAUUUCUAUUGGGGACGUCUCAGUCAGCUGCCCCUCGCUGCGGGCCGAAAUGCACAAGACAAGAACCAAAGGCUGUGAAAUGGCCCGUCAGGCACACCAAAAGCUGGCUGCCAUCUCAGGCCCGGAAGAUGGUGAGAUCCAUCCCGAAAUCUGCCGGCUUUACAUCCAGCUGCAGUGUUGCCUAGAGAUGUACACAACGGAGAUGCUGAAAUCCAUUUGUCUGCUGGGGUCUCUUCAGUUUCAUCGAAAAGGAAAAGAAGCUGGUGGGGGAGCCAAGAGUUUGGACAGCAAAACUGAGGAGAAUGCGGAAACACCUGCCCUGGAGGACUCCUCCUCAUCCCCUCUAGACAGCCAGCAGCAGUCCUGGCAGGUUGCCACAGACAUCGAAAACACUGAAAGAGACAUGCGAGAAAUGAAAAACCUUCUAAGCAAACUCAGGGAAACGAUGCCUUUACCACUGAAAAAUCAAGAUGACAGCAGCCUUCUGAAUCUAACUCCUUACCCCAUGGUCAGAAGACGGAAGAGAAGGUUCUUCGGGUUGUGUUGUCUUGUCUCAAGCUAGGUGGCUCCCCAACCCCAGCCCUGGAAACUCACCACCUGGAUUACCUGAAAAACACCACAGAACCGGAAGACCUCCACACAGCGAAACACCGAGAAUGGUUUUGACCACAUUUUCUAUGCUUCCUUAUUACUUUUAUCCGCCUCUCCCUAACCCUUUCAAAUGAUUUUACACUUGAAAGCAGCUGCCAUCAAGAAAAGGAAAAGAUCAGAUUCAAAACAGCGCAACCUGUUUUAAAGAGGGAUUUUUAAAAAGUUGACAUUGUGCAUGUCUGCUCUGAACCAUGCCAUGACAGAAGCAAGAAUUAUGAUUUUUUAAACUGUUUAAAGGUUUUUUUUAAAUGUACUAUACAGAAAAAAUAUUUCACAUAUAAUAGUUUAUCUGUAGCUCUUGCUGAUCUCAUGUUAACAAUUUAUCAGAUAUGAAAGAUGUCUCUAAACAUAGAAAUCUAUUUAAAACAGCAAAACUUCAUGAAUCCAAGCUAUGAAUAUCAUUAGAAAUAAUAAAAUAACCAAACACACACCACCUCAUGCGUUGCUUUGUCUGCACUCAUUUACAUUUAGUCUUCCAUUCUGUCGGAAUCUAAGUGUCAAUGUAAGAAAAAAUCUUAAUUUAUAAUGCAACAGAACCAUAUAUGGAAAAUACAUCUUGUAAAUACAGAGUAAUCCUACUAUCUUCGAACAAUGCAUACGGGCAACUAAUUUUCUUUUAAUCCGAUGGUGUCUUUUUAAGCUUCUUGGACAAUGAAGUUAUCCAGUUAAGAAAUGGUAUAGUAACAUAUACAAUUACCCUCAGAUGUAAAAUCGAAUAUUAUCACAUUUUGUUUGAACUGAAAUCUGAAGCAUGGAGUCCGCACACGAGCAUAGUGUUAAAUCUUAUAGGGCAUGCUGGAAUUAGCUCAGAUCAUAAAACUAUUUAACAUUUUACAUUAUUAAUGAAAAACUGUUUUAGUUAAGCUUAGCUUGUCUCAUUUUAGAUGACUAUGCAGAUAUGGCUUUCCCAGUGUGUACUCUGUGUCUUGUCUCACGCUUAGAACCUUGAGAGCAGGACACACUAAGCAAUACUGUAUUUUAGGAAAGAGGGAGCCACAUGCUGUGUUUUUCUGCUCAUGGCUCCGUCGUGCUCUUCUCCCACAAACUUGUAAUAUGCUCCAAAUCCUGCUUUAUUUUCUCCUGUCCUUCCUUUGACCCUUUUCAAAGAUGGAAUUCCCCAGGAGUUGGAAGAUGAGUCUUUGCAAUUCUUGCCUUGUUUUCCAUGUUCUGAAAGAUCCCCAAGUCAGAUGGGAGUUGCUGGUGUCCAACCCAGCCCUGGGUAGGCACUUAUUUGUACACAAUAUCAUGGCCUAAAAACUAAAUAUUUUAAAGCCCUUCGCUCUAUGGAAGAUGGAGAGAGCAUGAGUAAUGAUUGUAGUGGUUGAAUUCUAUGAAAUGGCUGCUAUUUGACUGUUUCAACCUAUUUAAAAAAAAUAAAAUAAACAGCAAUUUCACAUAGUUCAACCUAAUAUCUGCAAAGGAAAGCAUACAGUGCUUGGAAUUUUCUCCUAUGUUUAUGUAUCGAAAGUAAAAUUCAGGGGUAGAAGAGGUCUCCAAAACCUAUCAUUGGUCUGCAUUUCAAUUCCAUUAGCUGCCGACAACCCCGUUCUUGGUAUUCCACAACUGCGCUCCACUCAACUGGCGGCUAUCACACUAUUCCUGGCAUGAGUGGAUUCAGUAAAAGAAGUACUCUUCACAAAUUAUAUGAGAAAAUUAUAAUUUUCUGAACCAAACGGCCAUGAAACAAUGGAAGAAAUGUGUUAUUUAAAGACUCAAGGAUGAUCACUCCUUACAAAGCAAGGAACUGCUCCCAACUCACUCGGCCUGCCAUCGUCAGUAAAGCUUACUUUUCCCUCAUGAAUGCAGGUCAUUUCAAAUGAGAUCAGCUCCAAGGUUAUCUCAUUUAUUGUUUAUGACUAUUAUUUCUGAAUUGGCAUGUUCUCAGCUCCCGUCUCUGUGCUCUCCCACACUUGGGCUGGACUGAACCCUAGACGCCAGCCUCGUUUCUAGCAGCCCACGCAAACGUACUGAUAGGCGGGCGGUGUGCGGCGCGCUCUUGCUAAUGCCUGACCUAAAUCAUUCCUGCUUUGUUCAUCUGUGCUAGCUCUCUCCUUAGUCUCGGCAUAAUAUCAACACCUUCUGUGCAAUUGUCCUUUGUACAACUGAAGACUGUUAAAAAAAAAAAAAUUCAGGUCUCACCUCCAUAUCUGAGAAGGCUGUGGUAGCUAUUCAUGGAGAUGGGAAUUUGUCUAAAUACCUAAGCCAGAUUUUCCACAUCUAAGGUUUCAACCACCUUAUCUUUUAUUCAGUGCCUGGUUUCCAGCCUUUGCUCAGUCUUACAGUUCCCUUCGACGUACUCCAAGAUUUACAGAUAUUCUUUCAGUAGCGGGUCCUAAAAGCAACAUUGAUGAUCGGAGUUCUGAUAACUACGUCGUUAGUUCACGGUUGCCAUGGGAGAUUCACCACCUCCUGUUAGAUACGCCAAUUGCAUCCAGUAGGAGCUGCCCCUCUCUCCUGUCACCUGUCAAAGGACUUUCUCAGGUGUGGCCCCCAGCGGGGAAUUGUCUUUGCCCCCCUGACAGAAGCACCCAGCUGACUUGUAGGGGUAGGAGGAAAGCACAGCUAUUCUCUCGCAAACCCAAGUGCUACAAAGAGAAAAGGAUGACACCUGUUUGUGGCACAUACUCAUUUUAUCGCCAUACUUUUUAUAUUCUAUUUUAGUUUCUUUCCUGCAAAUCAUAAUGAAUACCUGUUUUUUACAGGAAACCUGAAAUCACCAUGUAUAAAGAAAGUAAACAUCAUCUGAACUAACUCCAAUGCAACUGUAUUAUUUAAAACCACAUUUCUGGGCUCUGAAUCAGUUAGAGCUGGGCCCAAAGACUCUUUCGAAAGUAACCUUCAGGCCAAAGUAUCGCUUUAAAGUCUGAGCACUGGUGUUUGGUGUCUAGACACAGAACCACUGCAAACCGUCCGGUUGUGCCAUUCAUUGGUUGGGUACAAAGCGAGCUGUAGAAGCAGCAGGACCCUAAUUGAGGCUGUUGGGUAUUCUCAAGCCCUGCCUGAUCGUUGUGCAACUCCCCGCCCCUGGAAAAAGUUAGGAUUCUCAGAUGUAGCCAAUACUGCCACCUAGUGGAAGCCGAGCUUCAGGAAGACCAAAGUAAACAGCGCAUCCUGCUCAUUUCAGAAAACCUGCGAAUGGGACACGUUAAGAAUGAGCCCGCUGAGACUUCCGCACUGUGACAGUCUCAGGAUUGAAAGAAUUAAGAACGAUCAUGCGGCUUAAAUCCCUUCUCCAUGCAUCCACGCCUAAACAAUAUCUGUGUUUUCCUUUUGUUCCAGAGUAACACCACAGAAAAUACUUACGUAUAGGCAGAAUGAAAAAACAAAGCAGUGAUACUAUUAUCAGUCCCGUAGAAAAUUGUUUCAAUUAAGCUACCAGACCCAUAAUAGACCCAAUAACAUAAAAUAACUGAGCACACUACAUUUAAAAUCUGAGAAAAGUCUGGAUAAUUAAGUAAGUUAUGUAAGAUUAAAGUUAAUCUCUCCUGGGAGCAUUAUUGGGUCUAUAGUUUAAUCAAACUGAAUUCUAAAUGAAAUAAGUUUUCAAAUUUUAAAACUAGUAAUAAACAACAAAUGUGAAAAAGACUCGUCGUCAGUGUUGGUGGAGAAGGGGUUUUAGUGCGAGGGAUAAAGGCUUUCUUAGCAUAGUACCAAAGGAAAAAGUGACCAAGACAAGAUGGAUGGGCUGAACCGAUAGCAUUUUGAAAAGAAUGUAAAACUCCUCUAUAGUAAACAAUAAACCAAAUUAAAAGAAAGGAAUAAUUGCAAUUCUUGCAAGAAAGAGAUUAGACCUCUACUAUAGGAGAACCGUAGUACUUUGGAGAGGUCUCUAUGCCUUUCAAGGCCUGUACUUUUUCCAUUACUGCUUGCGUGAUUGUCUGUUUAUCACACUGAAUUGAACGUAUAUUUAUUUUUCUUAGCAUUGUUCUCUCGGCUCCUACCACAGUGCUGUGUACAAACCAAACACUGAAAACAAACUCAUUGGGCGAGCAGAUAGUGAAGGAAUGGCAUAAGUGAUAUUUUGUGAUUCAGAAAAAGAAUCAAACUUUCCAGUAGAAAAUUGAGGUAAAGAUUCAAGGGAGUAAUGCCCCAUAUGUUAAAAUAAUCCACUGGUAACAAAGAACAUGUUUGAAUAUACUAGUGAGAGAAAACUACGAAUACAAACAAUUCAGAAAGACAUUCAUAGAAAUAAGUUCCUGGGAACAAUGAGGAAGUUUGAAAUAUAAACAUUCUCUUAUAGUCAACAAGAAUAUAAAUCGAUCUGAUCUUUCUAGAAAAUAGUAUAUAUUUUUAUGCAUGCCUAGUAAUUUCACAUUAAGGAAAUUCUCCCUUUAAAAGUUCAGCAAUGGGCCAGCGAGAUGGCUGAGCAGAAAAUGGCUCUUACCACCGAGGAAGUUAGAUCUGCUGAAGACACAUGCUAGAAGGAGAAAGCUGACCCCUCCUGCAGGCUGGCCUCUAAUCUCCACAUACACGAGGUGACACAAGUGUGUCUACACACACACACACUCACACACACACACACUCACACACACACACUAAGUACAUGUAAUCAUAUUACUUAAUGUUAAGCAAAAAAAGUGAGCUAAGAUGCGUUUGUUUAUUAUUUUAUAAGUCAUACAGGAAAGGACAUCUUGUAAAUAUGCCUACAUUAUAUGGUUAAGUAUGGUACAUCCUUUCAAUGGAUACUGUACACCAACUAAGAAUGUGCACCGUAUGUAUUUAUUGAAAUGUGCAAUCUAUGUUAUUAAACUGAGACGGUUGUAGGAGAGUUUUCAAAGGAUCACCCUCUUACAAACAAACGUGUGUGCAUUAGAGAGUCUGAAAGAAUGUUUGCCUUCAGGACGACAGCAUUUCUCUCCAGGAGGUGAGAUUUGGAGCAAUUGUAUUUUCUUUUUGCAUAUCUGUGAUUUCUGACUUUUUCACAAUGAGCAUGUAGUACCUGUAUAAUUUUUUCAGGGAAUAAACGAUGACGUUGACAAUAUAUAUUAAAUGAAAAAAAAACAUGUUAUAAAACAGUAUGUAUAGUAUGACACAAUAUUUGUAAAAAAAGAAAACCACAUAUAAAUAUAUCUAUGUAUGUAUAUAUAUAUGCAUAAGAAAGCUAGAAGGCCAUAAACUACAAUGUUAAUAGCAGUUAUCCAUGGGUAGUGGGAUUAUGGGUGAUUAUUUUUCUUUUGCUUUUCUGUGUUUUCUAAUUUUUCUACAAUGAACAUGUAUUACUUGUGUAAUAAAAACUAAUAAUAAAAGUUUAAAAAAUACAUAAAGGA